CGGCUUAGGAAUGAAAAGAUCUGCCAGGAAAGAAAAUAACAUUUGGACAUUUCUAUUUGGAUCUUUGUGAGUUAGGAUGUUUCUAACAUUUUUCAAAGAACUUACCUACUUGUUCUCGAAAUGGCAUAGAAAAGGGUUGGCUUCUGCAAGAUCAGGAAUGUGGUCAGACAAAAAUCAAGAACUCUUAUCAACAUCAACAUCUCAAUUCAAACUUCUGACUUUAUCUCCAGAUAUUUUGUUUCUUCUGUGUUUAGUGUGUAUGCAACUCCAUAUUUCAGCUCUUUCAAGCAUUAAGGUUACUACUUUUACAUGGCAGACAGUGUGAAAAAUCAGAUUAAUCAAAUGGAUGACAACCUCAGAAACAAACUCAAAGUUGACUUUACUGUUGCUUCUUAAUAUCUAGUGAAGCAAAAUCACCAAUAGAUUCUUGUUCUGCAGCUGUUCAGAAGAAAAUACAACUCCUUUCAACACAAAAGUACGUGUGAGAUUCCUGAAAGUUCUUGUCUAUAUUACUCCCACUGAUCAUGAAAAUUAGAGACUUCAAAACACAAAUUUGUGAAAGAGACUCUUCCAUAAGUGUCAUGAGAAAAGGUUGUAUUCAUCUUACCGUUUUACUUUUGCUGCUUCAGCAAAUGAAUAAUGAAUACUUGUUUUUCUAUGAUUAAUAUCACGACCGAUCAAACAGUGCUGCUUGCCUUGCAAUCUCAAGCAUCUUUAUACGAUUCUCACAAUGUCUUAACAAGAAACUGGUCCAGUUUCACCCCAGUCUGUAGUUGGAUUGGAGUUACUUGUGGCCCUCGCCACCAAAGAGUCACUGCCUUAAAUCUUUCUAGUAUGAGCCUUAACGGAAUGGUUCCACCACAGCUUGGAAAUCUGUCGUUUCUCAUUUCCCUUGAUAUCAGAAACAAUACCUUCCAUGGGAGUUUGCCUGAGGAGUUGGCUCGUUUGAGGAGAUUGAAAAUGAUCAAUGUCAUGAACAACAACUUUACUGGUGCAAUCCCAUCAUUUUUCGGGUUGUUACCAAACCUUCAUUCCUUGUACCUUUCAUUUAACCAAUUUUCUGGUAACAUCCCUCCAUCCCUUUUUAAUAUAACAAAACUAAAGGAGUUAAGACUACGAGGGAAUUUUCUUGGUGGAGAAAUUCCUCAAGAAAUCAGUAGUCUUUAUUGCCUGAAUUUCAUAGACCUGCAAGAUAAUAAGCUUACAGGCUCUAUACCACCAAGUAUGUUUAACCAGUCAUCGCUUAAACAGAUUGGUCUGACAAAUAACAUUCUUUAUGGGGAACUACCGGGAAAUAUAUGUGACAAUCUUCCAAAUUUGGAGGCACUUACGCUUUCAAAAAAUCGGCUUGAUGGGUUGAUUCCUUCAAAUUUGCAGAAUUGCUCAAAACUUAGAACACUAUCAUUGUCUCUAAAUGAUUUCACUGGAACCAUACCAGCAGAGAUCGGGAACUUAACUAUGCUGACAACUCUGCUACUUGGGCUUACCUACUUGAAAGGUGAAAUACCAGUGGAGCUUGGAUAUCUUCAAAGACUCCAACUAUUUGGAUUGUAUCAAAAUAGGCUGAGUGGUUCAAUUCCAGCAAGCCUUUUCAAUAUUUCAACCCUCCAAAUCUUGACACUUGUGGACUGUCAGCUAUCAGGGAGUCUACCAUCAAAUGUAGGCCAAGGCACACCAAAUCUCAAAGAAAUUUAUUUGGGAAUGAAUAAUCUCAGUGGAGUCUUCCCUGCUUCUAUUUCGAACGCUUCAAGACUCACUCUUCUAGACCUUUCUAACAACAUGUUCUCCGGUUCAAUUCCUGAUUCCCUUGGUAAUUUAGAAUUGCUUGAAGUUCUACAGUUAGGUAAUAACUGGUUGAUCAACCAGAAUCCCUCUUCAGAAUUAACCUUCCUGACUUCACUGACAAGAUGUCGAAAUCUAAGAGAACUGGUCAUUGGACAAAAUCCUUUGAAUGGAAUUCUUCCGGCUUCUAUUGGUAAUUUCUCGAGCUUUCUCGAAAUCUUUGCUGCGUAUAGGUGCAAACUUAGCGGCAUUAUACCAGAAGAAAUUGGAAACCUAACUGAUGUGCUAAGGAUAUCACUAAAUGGAAAUGACUUGACGGGUUUCAUUCCAAAAACUUUAAGAGGUUUGCAGAAGCUUCAAAGAUUCUUUUUAGGAAGUAACAUGAUAAGCGGGACUAUACCAGAUGAUAUUUGUUACUUGCAAAAUAUAGGAGACCUGAGUUUAAGCCAAAAUAAAAUUUCAGGUCCAUUGCCAUUAUGUUUGGGGAAUGUUACUACUUUGAGAAAUCUUUUUCUUGAUUCAAACCAAUUGAACUCCAGUUUACUUGAGAACCUGUGGAGCCUUCAAGAUUUAUUGGUACUUGAUGCAGCAUCAAAUUCAUUUUCUGGCUUUCUAUCGCCCCAAAUUGGAAAUCUGAAGGCUGUCACUGACAUUAAUUUGUCGGACAAUGACUUUUCAGGCAUGAUUCCUAGCACUAUGGGUGGUCUACAAAAGUUGGUUAAUUUUUCUCUAUCACACAACAGAAUAGAUGGCCCCAUUCCAGAUUCUUUUGGGAAAAUGUUAAGCUUGGAAUUAUUGAAUUUGGCUUAUAACAAUCUAUCAGGUGAAAUACCAAAGUCCUUAGAAUCUCUUUUAUACCUCAAAUACCUUAAUGUUUCCUUCAAUAAACUCAUGGGAGAAAUUCCAACUGGUGGUCCUUUUGCAAACUUCACCGGUCAGUCAUUUUUGUCUAAUAGUGGAUUAUGUGGCGCUUCAAGGCUCCAAAUGUCGCCAUGUCAAAUCAAGUCUCCUCGGAGGACUAGGAGAAAAAGAGUGUUUUUCUUGUUUCUGUAUAGUCUUUUGGGAAUAGCAUCAGCAAUAGUUGCAUUAGUCGUUGGAUUUCUGAUUUUAAGAAGAAGAAAAAGAAAUGUGCCAUCAGGAUCAACUGACAUAUCAUCCAUGAGGGCCCAUGAAAGAGUUUCAUAUGAUGAACUUCAACAAGCAACAAAUGGAUUCAGCGAGGACAAUUUGCUUGGUACUGGGAGUUUUAGCAAGGUGUACAAAGGGGUAAAGGAUGGGACAAUAUUCGCAGUAAAGGUAUUCAAACUGGAACUUGAAGGUGCGUUCAAGAGCUUUGACGCAGAAUGUGAGAUCUUACGCAACCUUCGCCAUCGGAACCUGACAAAAGUCAUAACUUCUUGUUCCAACUCUAAGUUCAAGGCCUUGUUACUGGAGUACAUGCCAAAUGGCACCCUUGACAAAUGGUUACACUCUCAUGACUUUUUCUUGGACAUGUUGCAGAGGUUGGACAUAUUGAUCGAUGUAGCAUCUGCUUUAGACUAUCUCCAUAACGGUUAUUCAGAGCCAGUGGUGCAUUGUGAUUUGAAGCCCAGCAACAUUUUGCUAGAUCAAGACAUGGUUGGCCAUCUAAGUGAUUUUGGGAUUGCGAAAUUGUUAGGUACAGAGGAUAGUUUUAGACAAACUAAGACCAUUGGGACCAUUGGAUACAUUGCACCAGAGUAUGGACAAGAUGGACUUGUAUCAACAAGUUGUGACGUGUACAGCUUUGGUAUUGUGAUGAUGGAAGCAUUCACAAGGAGGAGGCCUAAUGAUGAAAUGUUUACCGGAGAUUUGAGCCCAAGGCAUUGGGUAAAUCACUCGCUUCCUACUGGAGUUGCAGAAAUCGUGGAAGCAGAUUUGAUAAGGCCAAAGGAAGAACCUCUUAAUACAAAAAUGCAAUGUUUGGUUUCUGUCAUGGAAUUGUCUUUAAGCUGUACUUCAGUGACACCUGGUGCAAGAAUCAACAUGAAAGAAGCUCUUUUGGCACUCAAGAACAUAAGACUUCAAUUGGUCAGAAGCUCAACAUUGAAGUGAGGACUUGAAGCCAGAAAGUUCGAUCAGGUAGAAUUUGUAGAAGGUUUGUGAUACUAAGGGUAGAAUAAAGAUAAUACAAAGAAACCCUUUUUGAUGUCUGUAGGCCUAUUAUUUUUAUUUGUUAACCAGUCACCUUUAUACUUCCA